AUGCACCAUCCGCCAGCUCCCCCAGUGCCGCCACUCCCUCCUGUCCCGCCUGCUCCUCUUGCUGCUGCUCUUGCAGCCGCAACACCUCCCCUCAUCGAGCAGCGCGUUGUGCACGUGGGGACGUGCUUGACGUUGCUGUCGUACAUACUGGACCAGCUCCACGUGUGUUUGGUACGGCAGGGCUUGGAGAUUGGGGGGAUGUUGCCGGCGGAGCAGUCUGCGGCGGUGGCAGCGGCCACGGAGAUGCUGCACUAUCUACCCCUGAUCGGCCUUGUGCAGGGUGCUCCAGCCUAUGCCAUCUCUCUCUCUCUCUCUCUCUCUCUCUCUCUCUCUCUCUCUCUCUCUCUCUCUCUCUCUCUCUCUCUCUCUCUCUCUCUCUAA